CUUACACAUCAGCCUUUAUCCGUCCGAGGAGAAUCAUCUCUAAAGCUCUUCGAAAUCACUGUUUGGACUUCAAGUCUGGUGCGCACCGCUGAAUCAUGCAGCACACAUUCAGAGCCAUCACACACUCUCCAGGGAUACUCAUCUGGAGGAUCGAGAAAAUGGAUCUUGUUUUGGUGCCAGAAAAAUUUCAUGGACAGUUUUAUGAAAGUGACUGCUAUUUAUUGCUCUCAACACGCAAAGCUGGCAAAUCUGCAUACUAUGACGUUCAUUACUGGAUAGGCUCUGUGUCGACACUGGAUGAACAGGGAGCUGCUGCUGUCUAUGCCAUUCAGCUGGAUGAGUUCCUGGGCUCCUCGCCUGUCCAGCAUCGCGAGGUGCAGCACCACGAGUCCAGCAUCUUCUGCGGAUAUUUCAAACAGGGCAUAAUUUAUAAGUCAGGAGGGGUGUCAUCGGGAAUGAACCAUGUGGAGACAAACACUUAUAACAUUCAGAGACUGCUGCAUGUGAAAGGAAAAUGGAAAGUGACUGGCACAGAGGUGGAAAUGAGCUGGAACAGCUUUGACACUGGGAGUGUCUUUCUGCUGGAUCUCGGCAAGACCAUUCUCCAGUGGAAUGGCCCUGAAAGCAACAAACAAGAACGUCUGAAGGGCAUGAUGCUGGCCAAGGACAUCAGGGAUCGUGAGAGAGGGGGUAGGCCAGAAAUCGGCGUGAUUGAGGGGGAUGCAGAGGCAAACUCCCCGUCAUCAAUGGAAGUGAUGGUGAGCAUUUUGGGUGAACGGCCCUCUAAACUGCCCAGUGGGACUCCGGAUGAAAUAACUGACCAGGAGCAAAUGUCUAAGCUCACCCUCUAUCAUGUGUCGGACACUAAUGGAGCUAUGAAUAUCACAGAGAUUGCAACCAGUCCACUUACACAGGACAUGCUGAAUCACGAUGACUGCUACAUUUUGGACCAGGGGGGGAUGUCAAUAUUUGUGUGGAAGGGAAAGACAGCCAACAAAGCAGAGAGACAAGCAGCAAUGACCAGGGCUCUGGAGUUCAUUAAAAUGAAGGGUUACCCACUCACUACUAAAGUGGAGGCUAUCAGUGACGGAGGAGAAUCGGCUCUCUUCAAACAACUCUUCAAGAGCUGGACUGUCAGAGAGCAGACAGCAGGUCUGGGCCGGACACACACUGUAGGGAGAGUGGCUGAUGUCACUCAAGAGAAGUUUGAUGCCGCUAGGAUGCAUGUGAUGCCUGAUGUUGCUGCACAGGAGCGCUUGGUGGACGAUGGCAGCGGACAAAAGCAGGUGUGGCGCAUUGAGAAUUUGGAGAUGGUGGAGGUGGAACCUGAAAUGCAUGGAUACUUCUAUGGAGGCGACUGCUAUCUGAUUCUGUACAGCUAUGAUGUUAAUGGCAGGAACAGCUACAUUCUUUACAUGUGGAAGGGACGUCAUGCGUCUCAGGAUGAGGUGACGGCCAGUGCGUAUCAGGCUGUGACUCUGGACCAGCAGUAUGGAGGUCAGCCUGUUCAAGUCCGAGUCUCCAUGGGGAAGGAACCACGGCACUUCAUGGCCAUCUUCAGGGGCAAGAUGGUUAUCUUCGAGGGAGGGACGUCCAGAAAGAGCGCCCCGGAGCCAGAGCCGCCCGUUCGUCUGUUUCAGAUCUGCGGCUCUCACCCGACCAAUUCAAAAGCUAUAGAGGUGCCAGCUCUGGUGGCCUCGCUCAACUCCAAUGAUGUCUUCCUCUUGAAAAGCCAGAACGGCAUCUACCUGUGGUAUGGCAAAGGGUCCAGUGGUGAUGAAAGGGCCAUGGCAAAGGAGGUGGCCUCCUUUAUUGGUCGAGGCUCAUCAGAGGAGAUCAUGGCUGAGGGACAGGAGCCAAAUGAGUUCUGGGAAAUCUUAGGUGGAAAAGGACCAUAUGCAAGUGACAGAAGAUUACAGCAGGUUACUCUAGAUCAUCAACCGCGUCUUUUUGAAUGCUCCAAUAAGACCGGCCAGUUUAUUGCCACUGAGGUAACCCAGUUCACACAGGAUGAUCUGAGAGAGGACGACGUCAUGCUUUUGGACACGUGGGAUCAGGUCUUUCUUUGGAUAGGAACUGAAGCCAAUGAAGUGGAGCGUAAGGAAUCUGUGACAACUUGCCAGGAAUACCUGCGGACUCAUCCUGGAUCCCGGGACCCUGACACACCUGUGAUAAUGGUGAAGCAGGGCUUUGAGCCUCCUACCUUUACUGGGUGGUUCAUGGCCUGGGACGCGACAAAAUGGAGCGGUGGCAAAACCUAUGAGCAGCUGAAGGAGGAGUUAGGGGAGAUUACAUUGCCCACUAAAGUUGAUUCUGGAUCCAAUGGUGCGGAGAAUAAAACCAUCUCACAAUAUGCACCAGAAAUGCUGAUAAACAAACUGUCUGGAGAGCUGCCUGAGAACGUGGACCCCGCACACAAAGAGAGACAUCUCUCUGACGAAGAUUUUCAGACCGUACUUGGAAUCUCCAGAGAAGAGUUUGACAGUUUGCCUCAGUGGAAACAGACGACCAUUAAGAAGGAAAAGGGAUUGUUUUGAAAAGUGACGUAUGUUUUGUAAGUGCUGGUAGUGGGAAGAGGGAACACAGACGCAUCUAUAUUUCCUAUUUCAAAAUCUUUUGUCAUAAUUGAUAUCACUAAUGUAAUCGUUCAUAUGCUCCAGACACAAUAAGCAUAUUGUAGUUUAAUUGCGGAACUUGUGCUGUUUUUGGUGAAAGCAAAAUAAAAAUAUGUAUAUUUACAAUA